CACCAAAAUUAAUCCAGUAAUUACUACCACAAACAAAGCACAACACCAUGAAAACAAGCACCAUAAUCUCCAUCACAACCUUCUUUCUCUACUAUCUCUUCCAUCCUUGUUUCACAACUGAUACACUCUCUCCAACCCAACCACUAUCUGAAAACCAAACUCUAGUCUCCGCCAGUGGAACCUUCACCUUAGGCUUCUUCACCACUACAAACAUCUCCAACAACCGCUACGUUGGCAUAUGGUAUCACAACCUACCAAUCCAAACAAUAGUCUGGGUUGCCAACCGCCAGCACCCAAUCUCUCAAUCUUCAACCGGAGUUCUAACUCUAACCACCAAUGGAACACUCAUCAUCACUUCCAUACAACAUAACUCCACAACCAUCAUCUGGUCUUCAACUCCACCAACAACAACCAUAAACUUAAACAACAACCCAGUAGCACAACUCCUUGACAAUGGCAACUUUGUAGUCAAGAACCAAUUAACAAAUGAUGUUGUUGCAUGGCAGAGUUUUGACUACCCCACUGACACACUACUUCCGGGCAUGAAACUGGGCUGGGACUUCACCACCGGUUUGAACCACAACCUGACAUCAUGGUCAAGCUCUGGUGAUCCUUCUCCGGGGGACUACUCUGUCGCCAUGGACGUCCGUGGUGAUCCACAGCUUGUAGUUUCAGACCGGUCGGUUCGCAAGUGGCGGUCCGGUCCAUGGACCGGUUUUUCAUUUGAUAGUAUACCGGAAAUGGCGGCUUACACUCGAAACGGGUUCAAUUUUGACUUCGUUAAUAAUAGUACUGGGAUUUACUACAGUUAUGAGGUCUCAAACCGGUCUAUUAUAACCCGGUUGGUUGUGAACCAUACCGGGAAAACCGAGCGGUUUGUUUGGUUGGGUCAGUCCGGGUGGAGUGUGUUCUGGUACACGCCACGGACACAGUGCUCGGGACUUGACUCGUGUGGACCUAAUGGAGUUUGUGGUCUGUUUAGUUCACCGAUGUGCCGUUGUUUAAAAGGGUUUAAACCGAGAUCACCUCGUGAUUGGGAUUUGUUAGAUGGAUCUGAUGGGUGUGUGAGAAAAGAACCGUUGGAUUGCCUGAACGGAACGGAUGGGUUCUUGAAGAUGACUGCUGCGCAGUUGCCUGACACGUGGAGUUCGUUUGUGGAUCAGAGUUUGGGUUUGGAUGAAUGUAAGGCUAAGUGUUUGAUGAAUUGCUCGUGCACUGCGUAUGCGAAUGCGGAUGUGCGCGCUGGUGGGAGUGGGUGCAUUCUUUGGUUUGGGGACUUUACUGGUCUCGGUGCGUUUCAGUCCGGACAGGAUCUUUAUGUGCGGCUCGCGGCGUCUGAGUUUGCUUCAUCUGGGAAGAAGAAGUCCGUUAAUGGCGUGGUCAUCGUCAUUGUUGUUGUCAUUGCUGUACUUGUACUUUUGACCGCGCUUGCUUGCACGGCUUAUUGUGUUUGCAGGAAGAAGAAGAAGAGAAGAGGAAACGGUACUGGCAUUGACCAUCACAACCAUGAAGAUGAAAUGAAAGAUGAGGAUGUAGAGUUGCCAAUAUUUGAUCUCAGUGUAAUACUUGAAGCCACAGACAACUUUGCACCUGAGAACAAACUUGGACAAGGGGGAUUUGGACCUGUGUAUAAGGGUAAACUGGAGGAUGGACUUGAGAUUGCAGUGAAGAGGCUGUCAAAGGAUUCACUACAAGGAAUCCAAGAGUUUAAGAAUGAAGUGAUGUUGAUCACAAAGCUUCAGCACAGGAAUCUUGUUAGGCUUCUGGGUUGCUGCCUUCAAGUGGAGGAUAGAAUGUUGAUAUAUGAGUACAUGCCUAACAAAAGCUUGGAUGCCUUCUUGUUUGACAAAGAGAAAAGUGCCAGUUUAGAUUGGCAAACCCGGUAUCAAGUUAUUCUAGGGGUUGCUCGGGGGCUUCUAUAUCUUCAUCAAGAAUCAAGAGUUACAAUCAUACACAGAGAUCUCAAAGCUGGGAACAUUCUGCUUGAUGAGACAAUGAAUCCUAAAAUUUCAGAUUUUGGCAUGGCAAGAAUAUUUGGAGGAGAUGACUCUGCAACCAAAACAAGAAAAGUUGUUGGAACAUAUGGAUACAUGGCUCCUGAAUAUGCCAUGGAUGGUGUUUUCUCAGUGAAGUCUGAUGUAUACAGCUAUGGUGUUUUGGUCUUAGAGAUAAUCAGUGGCCAAAAAAACAGAGGAGUUUAUCUCUCCAAUCCAGACCUCUGCCUCCUAGGAAAGGCAUGGGACCUAUGGAAUAAAGGCGAAAUAUUGGAACUAGUUGAUUCAUCAAUUACUUCCGAUUCUUACUCUGUAUCUCAAGUGAUGAGAUGCAUACAAAUGGGGCUGUUGUGUGUGCAAGAAAACCCAAAAGACAGGCCGACAAUGUCAUCAGUGGUUUUCAUGCUAGGCACUAGUAAUGUCGUUUUAGCACAACCUAAACAACCUGGUUUUUUAGCAAAGAGGGGUUCCUAUCUCAGCACGUCUUCAAGCAAUCAAGAACCAAGUCAUGCAACUGAUACCCUCACAAUACUAGAGGGUAGAUAAAAGCUUAUUUGUUAAGUCCUUCGAAAUUUUUGUGUCUGGUUUCGAGUGAGUUGUGUAAAAGUCUAAGCUGAUAGAGAAUACAUGCGUAGCUUAAUGAAUUGUACCAUAAAAAAAAGCACAUUUUAACAAAGAAAACAGCAUCCCCAUUAGACUGAGUCUCCUGCUUAAGUUAAAAUCAAAGGACAUGAUCCAGUGAACAUUUACACUCACCCUCUGUCUCAACAAUCACAUCAGAAAAUAUAUAAUUUGGUUUUUAGUUUGUAACUUUGUACUUAGCACCAAAAAACCAGAGAGGCUUGCUCAAACUCUGAAUCUGUAUGAAAUGAUUUCAGAGCAUGGAAUGUGAUUAUUGACAGGGUUAAGCUUGGAAAUUGCCUUGAAAAGAAUGUGCAAGACUUCACCACACUAAGUCACCAGUGGCUUUCAUGCUAGCCACUAAGUUAGCCUCAACAUUAUAAACAACCGGAUUUUCUGGCAAAGUCAGAAUCUUAUCCAAGUUCAUCUUCAAGAAAUCAAUACCAGGUAAUUGUAAUUCAUGAGACCCUUACAAUGUUUUGUAGGUCCAUUGAAAACAAUGCAACCUAAACAAAGAAAACAACAUUCACAAUAGACUGAGUCUCUUUGAAGAAGAUAGAGUGGAAGGACGUGAUCUAGUGAGCAUCAAUCAAAAUUCUAGCAUCCUGGGUCAAACUGAACAUUUAUAUUCGCAGAAUAUGGUGUCUCGCGCUUACUCUAAGCCAACGGUAUUUAGAGAUAGUAACUCAAUGUCAAGAUCAAAAAGAUAUAUCAUUAAACUCUUAUGUUGGAUUUGGCCCAUUGAAAACAUUAGCAAGUCAAAGAAACGCACUCAUCAGUGAUAAUGGCGGGUUUUAUGACUAAUGGAAAAUUCUCAUGCCAAGCAGCUCAAUUACAGAAGGUCUAAUUGCAGUUUGGAAUAGUCUAUCCACCAAGAUGAUAAGAAUUCAUCCCCUUCCAACCUUCCUGAGUGAAUCAAGCCUCCACAAUCUCAAUGCAGACAUUUUUACAGCUCAUAUUACUCAUUGCUCUGUCCCGCCCUUGUUUCUCAGCUGAUACACUGUUUCCAACCCAACCACUAUUUGAAAGCCAAACUCUGGUCUCCGCCAGUGGAACGUUCACCUUGUGCUUCUUCAGCCCCACAAACGUUCACCUUGGGCUUCUUCAGCCCCACAAACAUCUCUAAGAACCGCUAUGUUGGUAUAUGGUACCACAAUUUGCCAAUACAAACAAUUGUCUGGGUGGCCAACCGCCAACAUCCAAUGGCCCAAUCCUCCACUGGAGUACUAACUCUAUGUACCAAUGGAACACUUAUCAUCACUUCCAUGCAACACAACUCCACAACCAUCCUCUGGUCUUCAGCUCCAACUAGCAUGAUCUUGAACAACCCUGUGGCACAACUCCUUGACGAUGGGAACUUUGUGGUCAGAGAUAAGGACCAAGCCAAUCAUGUUGCAUGGCAGAGCUUUGACCACCCCACAGACACACUCUUCCCCAGAAUGAAGCUGGGUCUGCGACUUAACCACUGGUUUGAACCGCAACUUGACAUCGUGGAAGAGCCCCAACAACCCUUCUCCUGUGGACUACUCCAUCACUAUGGACAUCCGUGGUGACCCACAGCUCGUAUUUCAUGCGGCUCGGUUUGCAACUGGCGGUCGGGUCCAUGGACCGGCCUUUCCUUUUGUAGUAUUCCAGAAAUGGUUUCCUACUCGCGAAUCUGUUUCAACUUCGACUUUGUUAACAACAACAGGGAGGUAUACUACCGCUACUAUAAGUCGAACUGGUCAAUCAUAACCCGGUUGGUUGUGAAAUCAGACCGGAAAAGCUGAGCGUUAUGUCUGGUUGAGCCAGUCCAAGUGGAGCUUGUUCUAGUACACACCAAAGUCGCAAUGCAGCUCACUCGAUUCGUGUGGGCCCAAUGGGAUCUGCUACCCCUUCGGAUCCCCAAUGUGUAGCUGCUUGCAAGGUUUCGAGCCGAGAUCGCCUCGUGAUUGGGCCAUGAUGGAUAUGUCCAGUGGGUGUGUAAGAAAACAGCCAUUGGAUUGGCAGAACAGCACGAAUGGGUUUUUGAAGAUUGUCCGAGCUCGGCUGCCAGACACAUGGAACUCAUUCGUGGAUCAUAGUUUUGGGUUGGAGGAGUGUAGGGCUAAGUGUUUGAUGAAUUGCUUGUGUACUAGAUACGCGAACGCUGACAUGCGCACAGGUGGGAGUGGCUGCAUUCUUUAGUUUGAGGAUUUCAUCGGGCUCGCCAUCUAUUCGACUUCUGGCCAGGAUCUCUACGUACGGGUCUCCAAGACAGAUCUAGGUAACUGAGCUUCUUGUUUUUGUCUCUCUUAAUUCCAACUUGCUGACUUAAUCUAUAACAAAGCAGCAUGCAUCUUUUGCAGGUUCAUCUGGAAGGAAAUCCCAUAGAAAAGGAACAGUGGCCAUCAUCACGGUAAUUCCAGCAACGCUGUUACUUGCUUAAGCUGCUGCUUUCCAGUGUGUGGAUAAAGAGGAAAAGGAUUACAGAUACUAAUAUAUUUGAGGUAAUAGUUUGUACUUGCUCUCUUCUAAAAUUUACCGCAUCUAUAUAUGUUUGUUAGGUCAAGUUCAACAUAAUAAUCAUCAGAGUGAAAUCAGAAAUGAAGAACUAGAGCUUCCAUUAUUUGAUCUAAGCCUUGUACUUGAAGCCACAAACAAUUUUGCACCUGAGAAACAAACUUGGGCAAGGAGGAUUUGGACCCGUCUACAAGGUAAGCUUUUAAAGCAUGAGGCUCAAAUCAACCUAUAAUUUAUAUGAAAUGAUUUCAGGGUAAGCUAGAAGGAGGACUUGAGAUUGCUGUGAAGAGACUGUCCAGGAAUUCACUUCAG